CUGAAUAGCAUAGAACGAAUGUCUGUAUGUGUGAGCAGGAGGUCUAAGCUUCCGAGGACUGUGCAAACUGAUGUAAAAUUUGUUUCUGUUGUGAGUUGUGACUUAUGUUGCGUGCGACAGUCGCAGGUAUCGCUAUUACUGUGAUCACGAUCAGUUGCAUUAGCCGUAUAUUUUGUGAUGAUUAGAUUGUAUAAAUUGUGUUUUUAUGACAUUUGCAUUUCACUGAUAAUAAAAGAGUGAAAAAUUAAAUAUACAAUUUUACUGUUGUGUUGAGUGAAUAAGUGACAAAAUGGUAUAUUUUUGUCAAUCAACGAAGUCGACGAUCCUAUGUAUAGUUCCCCGAUCUUUACAAUAUUAGGAGCCAUUUACACAUGGCGAGAAGUCACGUAGGCAUUAGUGAUUUUUAAACGUGGGAUUUUAAAUUGUGAUCUAUUUCUGACGGUUACUAUUAUUAAUGUAGUUCUCAGAAACAUGGAUAGCAAAAAUAUCCAAAAAAAUGCAAUGCAGAAAAGUGCUGAAUUUACUUUCACUCCUCCACCGGAGGCGCCCAUAUUUGAGCCUACGGCUGAAGAAUUUAUGGAUCCUCUGGGAUACAUCGCUAAAAUUCGUCCCGUCGCAGAAAAAACGGGCAUAUGUAAAAUAAAGCCACCUGCUCGUUGGCAACCACCUUUUUCUCUAGACGUAGAUAAAUUAAAAUUUGUACCACGGAUUCAAAAAGUUAAUGAGUUGGAAGCCAUAACACGCUUGAAACUAUUGUUUCUCGAAAAAAUCUUAAAAUUUUGGGAAUUACAAGGAUCUCCACUAAAAAUUCCUAUGAUUGAAAACAAAACGUUAGACUUGUAUUGCCUAAAAUUUUGGGUAGAUGAGGAAGGAGGCUUUGAAAAUUGCAAUAAUCCCAAAAAAUGGCGAAAGAUAGCUAAUACAAUGGGUUACAGUCAGAGUACAAUAACAAUGAACUUUCUUAAAAGUAAUUAUGAAAAGAUUCUUCUCCCUUACGAAAUAUUCGAAAAAAGCAAAGCAGAUAUUUUAAAGACUGUUAAAAAGGCUGAAACAAAAACUGAAAUUAAAGAUGAAAAUGAAACUGGGAAGCAAUUAUUCAAGGAAAUAUCAAUAGAAUCCAUAACAAAACUAAGAAAUGAAAAUGUUACUGAUGAGAAACCUCAUACAAGCAUUAAAAAAGCAAAGACAGGUUCAGAUAUUAAACCUGAUCAUGACAGUGGAAAAAUUAAAAUGGACUUUGAGGAAAUCAAGCGUAACAGAGAAUUAAGGAAACUAGCUUGUUAUGGACCAGGGCCAAAAAUGCCGGGGCUGAACGAUGAGGAGUUUGAUAUCACUAAAUCAAGAAAGAGACCCAGAUAUGAUUUAGAUCCAUUGGCUAUAUAUAUUUGUGCUAUUUGUCAAAAAGAUCACAGGGAUGACUUACUAUUGAUUUGUAAUGGAUGUUCAGACACAUAUCACACAUUCUGCCUCAAGCCCCCACUUAGUGUGGUGCCUGACGGUGACUGGCGUUGUCCUUGUUGCAUUGCUCAAGAAGUCCAUAAGCCAGCUGAGGCUUUUGGGUUUGCUCAAGCAGAAAGAGAAUAUACCUUGCAACAAUUCGGUGAAAUGGCAGAUAAAUUUAAAUCUGACUAUUUUGGAAUGUCUGGUCAUUUAGUACCAACAAAUGUUGCAGAAAAAGAAUUUUGGAGGAUCAUAUCAUCAGUAGAAGAGGAUGUUACUGUGGAAUAUGGUGCAGAUUUGCAUUCUAUGGAUCAUGGGUCUGGCUUUCCAACAAAAUCAUCACUUAAUUUAUACCCUGGUGAUCAAGAAUAUGUUGAUUCAGGAUGGAAUUUGAACAACUUGCCAGUAUUAGAUGGUUCUGUUUUGAGAUUUAUUAACGCUGAUAUAUCUGGUAUGACGGUUCCAUGGAUGUAUGUUGGUAUGUGUUUCUCAGCAUUUUGUUGGCACAAUGAAGAUCAUUGGAGCUAUUCAAUUAAUUAUUUACAUUGGGGUGAAGCAAAAACUUGGUAUGGAGUACCAGGGAAUGGAGCAGAGCUUUUAGAAAAUGCAAUGAAAGCAGCAGCACCUGAUCUUUUUAAAUCACAACCAGAUUUGCUACAUCAACUGGUUACCAUAAUGAACCCCAAUAUAUUAAUGGCAGCUGGAGUACCAAUAUAUAGAACUGAUCAGCAUGCUGGCGAAUUUGUUGUAACAUUUCCCAGAGCAUAUCAUGCUGGAUUUAACCAGGGAUACAAUUUUGCUGAAGCUGUCAAUUUCGCUCCUCCUGAUUGGCUCAAAAUUGGUCGUGACUGUAUAAUGCAUUAUAAAAAUUUGAAAAGGUUUUGUGUAUUCUCCCAUGACGAACUUAUAUGCAAAAUGGCACUAGAAGGUGAUCGUCUAGAUUUAGACACUGCUCUGGAAACUCAGAAAGAACUAGUACAUGCAACUGAAGAGGAGGGUAGAUUAAGAGCGUUGAUUGCUAAAAAUGGAUUGAAAAAUGUCCGCAGGACGGCUUUUGAGCUUCUUGGCGAUGAUGAAAGGCUCUGUGAAAUAUGCAAAACCACUUGUUUUUUGUCUUCUCUAUCAUGCGAGGAUUGCAAACAUAUGGCUUGUCUACAACAUGCCAUUUCUGAAGAAUUUUGUCGAUGUGCUUUAAAUAAAAAAACAUUGUUUUACCGGUAUGAUAUGGAUGAACUGCAUAUCAUGUUACAAACGAUUGAUUUCAGAGUAAACAGUUUUGACAAAUGGAUGACUGAAACUAAAAAUAUUCUGUUGCCAACAGCUCCGGAUAUUGGCAGACUCCAAAAAUUAAAACUUUUAGUAGAUGAAGCCGAGGAACUUAAAAUACCAAAGUGUACAUUACUAACUCAGCUUAAGGAAGAAUACACUAAGGCUACAGAUAAUGUAGAACCUAUAGUUAUUGAGUUAGAUGAUGAUUAAAUAUAUGCUUCAAAGAUGGACCGAGCAUUAGUACAAAGUAAAAAAAAAAAACAUUUAUUUUUUAUUUAUAUAAUAUCAUGAGCGGAAAAGUAAAAUGCAUUUUAGUAGCUGUACAAGUCAAUAGUUUUGAGGAUUCAUAAUUAUGAGUACUGCCUCUCAUUCAUGUUCAACAACAAUGAUUACUAAUUUAAUCUAGCAUAAUUUAGUCUUUGCAAAUACCAAAACUGUACCUACUUAUACAGACACUGAAUUGCAUUUUAGUGAUUUUGCCAUUUAACAAAUGAUAUGUAUGUGAUGGACUAGUUAGUAAGUUACUGAUAUGAUUAUUUUAUAUCAUCACAAUAAAUAGCAGCUGGAUUAAAAUAUACAUUCAUUUUGUAUAAUGUGAAUAGUAUACAUUAUGUACUCUAAGUAUAAUGUAUAACAUAAUUAUAAAAUAGUUCUAAAUACUUAAUGUCUGUGUAUUAAACAUUUUAUAUCUAAAACAAUUAUUAGAAUUUUGGAAGUGAUGUUAAGAGUCCCACCGUUUUGAAUAAGAUGUUUCAUUUAAUUAAGAAGCAAGUAUUUAAUUUUGAAACAUAGUAAUAGAAAAUAUUAUUACUAUUGUUCCCUAUGAUAAAUUUGAUCUCAUUGAGUACUCUGGUACUGAAAAUUAAAGUUGAUAUAUUGUGGGAUUAACAUUCAUUAAUUAUACACUUGAGUCAUAUUUUGACUUCAAUUAUUUCUUUCUAUGAACAGAAAAGGCCUAGUACUUGCUAAGUAAUCGCCUUGUCUUGCCUUGCCUUUUUUUAAACCUAACAGUUAUGCAACAAGCGACACAUUUUUUCAAAGUUCUGGAAUGCUGUAUGCAGUGAGUUUAAUAAUAAUCCCAUAAUGUAAUUAAUUGUCUUCUAGUGCUAUCAGUUUCAAAAAUUGAUGUAAAAAUAUUACAGAUCCUGAAAGUUUAUGAAAAAGAUUAAACCCAAUUAGCACCAUAAGACACUAGAAUAAGCUUGUAUUUCUGAGGUUAGGAUUAACUUACUAAGUACCUUAAAUUUAGUGUAAAAUGAGGCUAUGAUUAAUGAGAUGUAUAUAUAAUGGGAAUAUAUUUCAUAGCAACUUAGGCAGUAUUCCUAUUUAUUGUAAAUUAAAAUGUAGUUUACACAGUACUAUGGUCUUGAAUAAUUAUUAUGUUGACCACAAAUGAAGAUUUAUUCCAUUAUUGAGGGUAAUAAAACAGUUCAAUUAUAAGUAAAUUUUAAUUAUUGACAGGAUUCUACUACACAAUUUAACUUUGAUGUGAUUUCUUUUCAUUGACUAUAUACAUGUUUGUUCUGUGAAAUUUUGCAUGACAAAAUUUUGUAUAUGAUUGCUGCAAAUGCACACACUUGUAGGUAUACAUAUUAUGAAAAUUAAAAAAAAUAUUGGACUAAUAUUAAUUAUCUUUGGUUUAAAAGAUAUUAUUUAAAAUGAAAUAUUGUGACUAUUUCCUAGUGAUGUUUGUGUUCAUGUUUUGAAUUUGAGAUUUAACGAUUGUAUGUGAGCAAAACUUUCCAUAAA